UACUACAAAUACCUAAUGUGUAAACAAAUGCGAACAAAAAUAGAAACACCACUGCCAAAAAAAUUAACUGCAAAUCCUAAGUAACUUAACGUAACAAGUGAUCCAAACGCACAUACAUAUAUUAUUUCCGAGAUCAUUGACUACCCAAGAGACUCAUUUUAAGAGGAAUAAAAGGCGUUAAUUAAUGUAGGUACUCUUUAUCAUUACCAGCCUGAAAUGUUCUACAGCUGGGAAAAGGCUUCCCUAACUUAUAUUUAAAAUAAUUUAUAAAAUUCAUCUUUCAUAACUCUUCUUCCAAUUUAGAGAAUUAAUACAUUGCUUUAUUUUGAUGAUCCUGAUUCAUAGACCACGCACUAACAAACGGAAAUCCUGAUUCAGAUUUCAGUGUGAUAUCUCCUUUAUUGCCAACGUCAAUGUCAGCUGGAUAACCUGUAAUUUAUAGGUUAGGUUUAUGUUUAUUGUAAACGGGGCUUAUUAUUUACUGAAUAUAAUAAGGUGGUUUUAAAAGAUGAACGAUGAAAGUAAAUCACUUCGAAAAAGAAAGCGAUUUGCUGCUCGUUUAAAAAGUUCUAAAGGCAUUGUAUGCACGGAAACACCUGGCAAGUAUCUCGUACUCUGUAAUGCUGGGCAGGCUACAGGCUUAGAAAAGGAUUAUAUAUUUGGCCUAAUACAGGAGAAAAAAUUGAAUAUACCUUUGCCUAAGUUCAUUACAGAAAAAGGAGAGUCUCACUCUUUUCUAGUGUUUCCGACAUGUGAUGACUGUAAAAUAUUUUAUGAUACUUAUAAUGGUAAAGCAAAAGCUGAUGAGAAUGGUACACCAUUGUAUAUGAACUUUGUUGAAACAGUACCAAAUACUGAAGUAAUAUGCCAGCAUGAGAACCCUAAAGGUUUACAUUUGCUGAAUAAUUUUAUAACCACAGAAGAUGAAAAAAUAUUUUUAAAACUUUUUGAUUGGAAUCCAGAAUCAAAUAACUUGAAAAACCGUCUAGUGAGACACUAUGGUUAUGAGUUCAGAUAUGGGAGUAAUGAUGUUGAUUUAAAUAAUCCGUUAAUAGACAAAAUACCUAAUGAGUGUGAUAUUUUAUGGAAAAGGCUAAGUGAGCUGGGGUAUGAUGUUGGAGUGCCUGACCAGCUGACUGUGAAUAAAUAUCAACCAGGACAAGGAAUUCCCUCUCAUGUAGACAAACACAGCCCUUUUGAAGACACAAUACUGUCUCUAUCACUGGGCUCUGAUGUAGUCAUGGAUUGGAAGCAUCACAGUGGGAAAUACAUUCCAGUUUUAAUUCCAUCUAGAUCACUACUUGUUAUGCAAGAUGAGGCAAGAUACGAUUGGCAACACGGUAUACAGCCACGAACUUGGGACCCAGUGAUAGAAAAUCGUUCGGAAAACGGCAAAAAUAUCAAAGUGAUCACUAGCGAUACUAAACAGCGCCAAACACGAAUAUCGCUAACAUUUCGUUGGACUAGAAGUGGCCCUUGCCAAUGUAAAUACAAGACGCUAUGUGAUAGUGUGGAGAAGGUGUCACCAGAUAAUCUAGAAGAUAAACUUGCUUCCAAUUUAGAGGAAUUACAUGUUCAUCAGGUGUACGAACAAAUUGCAGGUCACUUCAGUACAACUCGACAUAAGCCUUGGCCCAAGGUGGUUCAGUUCAUGGAGGGAGUCGUUUCAGGCAGUGUGGUGCUCGACCUAGGCUGCGGGAACGGGAAGAAUAUAUUGAGACGAAAUGAUAUUGUGCAGAUUGCAGGAGAGCGUAGUUCAGGUCUACUGGCAGAAUGUAAAGAGCACAUACGAGGCAUCAGCGGCGCCGACUGCGUGCGACUGGACCUGCUCAACACGACGCUGAGAGAAGAGACAGCUGAUGUUGUUAUAUGUAUUGCUGUUAUACACCAUUUUAGUAGUCCGGCAAGGAGGUUGCAGUCUAUAGCAACUAUAUACCGCUUACUUCGCAAGGGCGGACGCGCACUCAUCACAGUCUGGGCGAAAGAUCAAACAAAAUCAAAUUACCUCCUAAAAAGUAAGCAAGACCAGUUAAAUGAGACCGAACCCGAAACACAAGUGACAGUGGGCGGUGUUAACCUCCCAGUUCACGAGAACAGAACGCAAUUCAAACACCAAGACCUACUAGUGCCUUGGAAACUUAGAAAAGUAAAUGAAAACAAGUUAUCAAGUCAGCCAGAUAACACGUUACUAAGGUACUACCACGUUUUUGAAGAAAAUGAACUAGACGAACUAUGUAAAGAAGCCAAUUUCACAAUCGAAGACAGUUUCUACGAAGAGGGUAACUGGUGUGUUGUAUGUAAGAAAAAAUAAAUUUACUGAGGUAACACUUUGUACUUUC